AUGGACCCCCGCCAGGGAUCCAGCGACCCAGAAGUCCCUACCACCUCUCAAGGCGACCCUGGGCCUUGGGGUGAGAGGUCUCCUCCUCUAAAAAGGCUGCCGCCCCUCAAUCCUAGACCCCGAGAGUCCUUUCCCCUGGGAAAUCCCGUAAUGGCCCAUUGUCUUUUUGUUGAGCAACAGCCUCUUCUGCAGCCAAAAAUGCGAGCAAUUCUUCUGGAUUGGUUUAUGGAGGUGUGUGAAGGCUAUAAGCUUCACAGGGACACCUUUUACUUGACACAAAAUUUCUUUGACUGGUAUAUGGCGACACAAGAAAAUGUCGUAAAAACUCUUUUGCAGCUUAUUGGGAUUUCAUCUUUAUUUAUAGCAGCCAAACUUGAGGAAAUCUAUCCUCCAAAGUUGCACCGGUUUGCGUAUGUGACAGACGGAGCGUGUUCAGGAGAUGAAGUUUUUACCAUGGAAUUAAUGAUUAUGAAGGCCCUUACGUGGGGUUCAAGUCCCCUGACUAUUGUGUCCUGGCUGAAUGUAUACAUGCAGGUUGCAUAUCUAAGUGACAUCCAUGACGUGCUACUGCCGCAGUAUCCCCAGCAAACCUUUAUACACAUUGCAGAACUGUUGGAUCUCUGUGUCCUGCAUGUCGACUGCCUCGAAUUUCCUUACCGUAUACUUGCUGCUUUGGCCGUGUAUCAUUUCUCUUCAUCUGAAUUGAUGCAAAAGGUUUCAGGAUAUGAAUGGCGUGACAUAGAGAACUGUGCCAAGUGGAUGGUUCCAUUUGCCAUGUUUAUAAGGAAGAUGGGGACCUCAAAACUGAAGCACUUCAGGGGCAUCGCUGAUGAAGAUACACCUAGCAUACAGACCCACAGAGACAGCUUGGAUUUGCUGGACAAAGCCCAAGCCAAGAAGGCCAUGUUGUCUGAACAAAACAGGGCUUCUCCUCUCCCCAGUGGGCUCCUCACCCCUCCACAGAGCAGUAAGAAGCAGAGCAAUGGGCCGGAAAUGGCAUGACACCCCAGCCUUCACCAAAGACAGUCACGCGGAAGCACCUGCCCCACGUUCUCUUCUGUCCUCUGCAGCGGAGGCGUGCGUUCGCUUUUACAGACAUCUAAAUGGCAGAGUGUUUCUUCCACAGCAGAUGUAUUUCUGUGGAUGGCAUCAGACAGGGCAAAGUAUUUUUUACUGAAUGCUUAUAGGUUUUUUUUAAUAAGUGGGUCAAGUACACCAGCCACCUCCAGACACCAGUGCGUGCUCCCGAUGCUGCUAUGGAAGGUGCUACUUGACCUGAGGGACUCACGACAACAAAAGCUUGAAGCUGCGGAGGGCCAUGGUGGCGUGGCUCUCCCCGUGGGGUGCUCUGGGCUGCACUGUACCAAGUGGAGCAGGUGGUUGUGGGCAAGCGUCAUGCAGAGCCCACAGCCAGCUGAGCAGGGCGCUACCCUCUCCACACUAUCUGGAGUUGACAAUGUUGUACAACGCCUUUAAUGAACUCUGUUUUGUAACUGCUGCUAUAUGUAUCCAUUUUUUAAUAAAGACAAUACCAUCUUUGAGACAAAAA